AUGACUGAAUAUUAUGGUGCUAUUCUUAUAACUGGUGGUGCUGGGUUUUUAGGUGCUCAUUUUGUCAAUUUCAUGGUCCAAAAAUAUCCACAAAUCAACUUCAUAUGUAUUGAUAAAUUGAAUUAUGCUAGUAAUAUCAAAUUUAUUAAAGUAUUUGAAUGUUCAAAUUUCCAAUUCAUUGAGAAAGAUUUAUCCAAAAUUUCAAUAAAAGAGUUGAUUACUUUAUUCAAAAGCUAUAAAAUCACACAAAUCAUCAAUUUUGCAGCUGAAUCAUGUGUUGAUAAAUCAUUUAUUGAUCCAUUAUUUUUCACUCAAAAUAAUAUCAUUAGUACUCAAAAUUUAUUAGAAUGUUGUCGUUUACAAGAUCGAUCAAAUGCUAUAAAAUUCAUACACAUAUCCACUGAUGAAGUUUAUGGUGAACAAUUGGAUAACUCCAAAUAUGUCACAGAAGAAUCUAAAUUAAAUCCAACAAAUCCAUAUGCUGCUACUAAAGCUGCAAUUGAUUUGAUAAUCCAAUCUUAUAUCUAUUCAUACAAAAUACCAAUCACUGUGAUACGAUCUAAUAAUGUUUAUGGGAUUGGCCAAUAUCCAGAGAAGAUUGUUCCAGUGGUUUUGGAAGUCAUAAGGAAAAGAUCUAGUGGUGAAAAUAUUUAUGCUAAAGUCCCUAUACAUGGUUCUGGGAAAUAUAAAAGAACAUAUCUUUAUACAACAGAUUUUAUUGAAGCUAUAGAGUUAAUAUGGCUUAAGCAACUACAAGGUCAGCUUCUGGGAGAAAUUUUCAAUGUUGGUGGUGAUCAUAACCAUAAUUUUGAAAUAGAAAACUUGGAUCUUGUUAAAUUGAUAAUGGAAACAUACGAAACUAUUUCUGGGAAUCAAUGUACAGAUUAUAUUGAAUUUAUAAAAGAUAGAAACUAUAAUGAUUCUAGGUAUCUCUUGGAUUGUUCCAAAAUGAAAUCAUUGGGGUGGGAACCAAAAAUUUCGUUACAAGAAGGAAUUACAAAAAUUAUUAAGCAAUAUUACCAUAAAGAUUAG